AUGGCCGACGCCCCCCCAGCCAAACGCCUCAAAACAGCCACCUCCGCCAAAACCAAACACAACCUCUCCCCCACCUCCCUCCAAGCAGCAACCCUCUCAUCCCUCUUCGCAAACCCCGACAAGCCCAUCCCCCUCCCCACCGGCCCCCAAAAGAAACACCUCCCCCCGCCCCCAGAAAUAGUAACCAACGUCCAAGGCUCCUCCGCCGGCGCCGGAUCGGGCGAGUUUCACGUCUACAAAGCCGCCCGCCGCCGCGAAUAUGAACGACUCCGGCAAAUGGAAGAGGAAACCGCCGCUGAAAAGGCCCAGCGCGAGUUUGAGGAGGAACGACUAGAGAGGAUAAGAAAGGACGAGGAAAAGACGCGGAAGAACAGGGAGAAGAGGAAUAAGAAGAAGCAGAAUAAGGGGAAGGGAGGUGGGAAUAAAGGGGGGACGCCGCAGCCAACUACUACCGCGAGUGGGAAGGAGGGGGAUAAGAAAGGUGACGAUGGUGAUAAAGUGGCUGGAAAUGGGACAGAGAAGGGGGAUGCAAAGGAGUCGACAACACCACAACCACCCGCUGUACCAGUCGCUCAAGGGGUGGGGUUGGUCAUCUGCGAUGAUGAUUGA